AUGACUGGCACAGCUCCAAGACCCAAAGGAAGACCCGAAGGACGACCUGAAAUCCGUGAAACUGUGUCGAAGUUCGACCGGGAAUGGCUCCAAUCACCCCACGAAGGCAAGCCUCCGUGCUAUGUCUACGAAGGGGGUACCUCCAAACCACGGGAUACCCGGAAACGAGAGUGUAGGGUGGGCCUCGAGGCACGCUACCCUGCUGCCCAGCAGGACGAAUCGGAAGCGCUUAAACCAAGCUGGGCCAACCCGGGACCUCACGAGAAGAGUCCGAGGUGGUUGAGACCGUACCGCCAAAAGGCAGAACCGGAAGCCGAAGGGCGAUGCCCCAACCCACAGUUGGGCUGGCGGCCGGUCCAAAUGGCCUUGGCAUGCUGCCAUGCCCCGGCUUCCGGGCUCUCGACAUCUCACCAAGGAAAGAUCCUUGACCGCUUAGGGCCCAGCAACGGCAAGAUAGGCAGGGGGGGAGAGACAUGA